CACGUUGCCGCUGCUGCUGGAAAGGGGGGGAAAGACAGCAGCUGGCCUGAAGCUCCGCGGCGCACAGGGCGGCCGGUGCUGAAGGGACCGCGGCUUCUUAUUAUCCAGGAAUGUGACCUACCAUGCUAGUUCUCAGGUUCCUCAAUGUGGUGGCUCCAGCCUACUUCCUGUGCAUCUCUGUGGUGACCUUCAUCCUCCAGCUCUUCCUCUUCAUUCCCACCAUGUUUAAAGACCCUUCCACCACCCCGCUGUUCUCCUCUGCUCUGCUGCAUGGAGUUCUCUUCCUCUUCCUCUCAGCCAAUGCUCUGGGUAACUACAUCCUGGUGAUCCAGAACUCACCAGAGGAUCUCAGCAAAGGCCUGAACUUGGGCUCAGGAGGUGAAGCAGUGGCCAACUGGCCGAAUGGAAACAGGAUCCCUGGCUCAGCUUUGCCCGGCACCCACUUCUGUAGACUAUGUGCCAGAGCCACUCAAAAGCAUGACCAUCACUGUUUCUUCACAGGGAACUGCAUUGGUAGCAGAAAUAUGCGGAACUUUCUCAUGUUCUGCCUGUACACCUCUUUGGCUUGCCUUGAUUCCCUUGUGACUGGGGUGGCUUACAUUUCGGCAGCACUAUCUACAUCCUUCACCAACCCAUUGGCUUUCCUGACUCUCCUGCCUCAUUCCAUCAGCCAGUUCUUCUCAGGAGCUCUUCUUAGCUCAGAAAUGUUUGUCAUCCUCAUGCUGUAUCUCUGGCUGGGAAUUGGACUCGCCUGUGCUGGCUUCUGCUGUCACCAAAUGCUGUUGAUCUUGCGGGGACAAACGCGACACCAAGUGCGGAAGGGGACAGUGGCACGAUCUCGGACCUGGAGGAAGAACCUACAGGAGGUCUUCGGGAAGAGGUGGCUGCUCGGACUUCUCAUUCCCGUGCUCAAUGUCGGAAGUGAUUAUCACAGGCAGAAGGAGAAGUGAUGCCUCCCAGCACACCUAAGUUCACUUGCGCAUGCACGCACACCUGGACGUGGGCACACACACAUUUGCUGUCUGUAAGGGAAUGUGUCACUCGAGGUGUUUGUACUUUUCUCCCAUCUCCUAGCCUUGCAAGCUAUCAAAGCAGAAGGCGAUUAGCAAACAAGCUGGGAUCAUGCCCCGUUUUAGGAGAGGAGGCUGGUCACCGACCAUGCAGGGAGCAAUAAUCUCCAGGGUUGCUAAAAGUAUUCACCAGAUCUUCCCUUGAGCCACUGAAUCAUUCCCACACUUCCCACCCCCUCUCCCUCCAUCAUCCCGCCCCACCUGUCUUGCAUGCUUAGGAGCUGGAGUGUGAUCUCAAAAGCAGUCUGGGUUGCUGUGUGUGGGUAGGUUGUAAGUACAGCCAAGGGCUUCCCCUGGGAUUUGCCCACUGCAUUAGUUGCGGCUUUCUACAGCUUGAAUAUAGCAAGCUGCCUGUGUCACCAGAACAGCCUCGUGUGGUCGGUCAGGACCUCUUCAGAACGAAAUCUGCUGGGGAGGCAGAUGGAGGCUGCCCGCCAGUCUCCGAAAUGGAAAGCACUUCUCUGCCCAUUUUCUAACCACCUUCCUCCAUUCCAGUGGCCAGAGAUAGCAGUUAAUAGCUGGGCCAGAUCUGCUGGCUGACAGGCUGUUUUUUUGUGUGCUCGCAAGAAUCAGACUCAUUUUCAAGCCUCCUGCCCUGAUCCCUGCCUGAUAGCAGCACUCCAAGCCCGCCUGGUUCCGAGAUCAACGGGCAGGAUUACUGGGGUUGAGCAGAGUGAUACUGAGCCAGGAGAGAAAGGGGCUGUGGAUGGAAAGGUCGCGCUUGAGAGUGUGCUAAUGUUACAGUCCUGGGGACUGCUAAGGCAGGGGUGCAGAGGAGAAUAUGUGCGAUUAGAGGGGAGUGAAUAGGCAGAGCUGUGAAAAGACCAAACAGAGAGAGGGAUUGGUCUGGAGACUCUGGAAGACAGGCUGGCGUCAGGCAGGAGUGUUUUCCCCCCUCCCCCACAAAAAAUGUCACGUGAGAAGCAUCACUGCUUAGGUGGAUAGACUUAACCCACUCUUGCUGCACAGGGUUUAGUGGGGUUUGUAGCAUUUUAAAAACCUAACAAGGCCAGCAUGAUCAGAAACAACAUUGGGGGUGGGGGGGGUGGGGUUAAAAAGAGAGAAUCAGGCUAUUAAAAUGGACCAGGGACAUUCGUGGCCCCAACCGAGAGCAACAAGGACAAUAAGCGGAGGUUUUCUUGCUGACUCCUCCAGUGAUGCCACAGGCCAGCAUCUGAACUGAGUGGCAGAUCCUGGCCACCAGUAGUGUGGGAGGAGGCAGUGGAAAAGUCUCCACCCAUUGUUGUUGUCCCCCAGCUGGGUGCAUUCCCAGAAGCCCCUGAGGCCUGGCUGGUGGCUGGCUGACAGCAGCCCUGUGGGAUAGGAAUCUGCCAGUAAUUUCCUGAGUGAGUUUGAAGGGUCAGCCAUUCCCUGGACAGCAGAAGUGUGUAGCAGCAUCAAGGGCAAGAAUCCACGCAGCGUUCCACUCGGCCCUCUCAGGAGUCCAGAAAUGCCUGGACCACUUUCAGCUCUCAAGGCCAUCAUAAAAAUAAAUCAAUGACAACACAUGAUGCACAUUAAAACAAGUUGUGAAACCUGUCAAAUGUCAACUAAAUUAACAAGUGUCUAAGUCUGAGAUUCCCUUUCAUAACACUGUUAGGUCCCCCGCUAUGGUGGAGAUCUCCCACCAGCAGCCCUUUUUUUUUUCAGCGCCACUCAGAGAUGUGGCAGGAUACUUAAAAAACAACAACAGUGACUUUGCUACAUUACCUCUGGGGAAAACCCAGAAUGGACUAAGAGUAGCUUUAGGAAUUGCUGGAAACUCUAUGCUGCACCCCGGAAUUUCUGGCAACUCUUAGAAUUACCCUACAUCACUCCUGAGUUUGCAUCAGAAAUGACACACUGACAUCACUAUUGUAACGGACAUCAAUCUCUGCUCCUGCCCCCAAAUCUACUUUUGAGUUUGAGAUCCAGGCCCUCCUGAACAUUCUCCCCUUUAUUGCCCCUGCUUCUUUCCUCCAGGUCUCUUAGAGGCUACCAUCUUUCUCCAUCUUAUGAGUAAAUUAGUAUGAGAUAUAAUUAUGCAAGGGACAGACAGCAUCCAAGUGAGGGCAGUGGCGUACAUAGGCAAACUGGAGCCCUGGGCAAAACCUGAGUUUGAUGCCCCCCCCCCCACUGGGCGGCCACCCUCCCCCACCGUGACCAAACAAUGA